AGCUAUCAUCUGAUCUAAUCUAAACAGAUUACGUGUCCACUCCAACUAGUUUUGUACCAGUAUUUGUCGAACUGAAUGUACUGAAACCCAACUUUAUGUGCAAAUUUUCUUUUGGUCUCUACGAUGGUGUAUUUUGAUACGAAAUUGAUUGUAAACAGUCGCGCUCUAUGUCGACUAUUGUGUUCUACAUGUGACGUGGACGGUGCUACAAUAGGCCGGUGUAACAAGCACAUUUAUGUGUAAACUUUACCCAAAUUUAUAAAGUAAAACUGAACAGAGGAAUCAUGUCGUUUAAAAGGAUAAAUUACCGACGGGUCACAACAUUCCUCGUUAUUUUCGUAUUAGUGUGGAUGUUUUUAUUAAUUAAGGAUAUACCAAAGCCUUUAAAGGAUGUCAGGAACAAGCUAUCAGCUGCCCAAAAGUAUGAUAAUAUUGAUAAAGAAGCAAUAAGUCAGAAGGUGGACAUACUGUUCGAGCAAGUGAGCAACGAGCUGGAGGAGAGCAACCGGCUGCUGCUGGAGGUGCAGCAGAAACUGCUGGCGAGGCACGGAGGAGGGGGUGUGAGAGAAUCUCCAAAGAAGCCCAUACUGCCGGUGCUGGUGGUGGCGUGCAACCGCGUCACGGUGCGCCGCUGCCUCGAGCAGCUGGUCAAGCACCGCCCCGAUCCGGAGACAUUCCCCAUCAUCGUCAGUCAGGAUUGCGGUCACAACGCAACAUACCAAGUCAUCAAAAGCUUCGUCGAUGCCGAUCCGUCAAUAUCAGUGGUUCUCCAGCCGAACCAGUCAGAUAUCACCGUGCCAAAGAAAAUGAGGAGUCUAAAGGGGUAUUAUAAGAUCGCCAGACACUACAAGUUCGCACUGGACCAUGUGCUUGUGACUUUGGGACAUGAGGCUGUUAUUAUUGUUGAAGAUGACUUGGACAUAUCGCCGGAUUUCUUUGAAUACUUCCUCGGUACAUACCCACUUCUGUCCAAGGAUCCUACUUUGUGGUGCAUAUCCGCGUGGAACGACAACGGCAAACAGAGCCUAAUAGACCUGGCUUCCCCGGGGCUACUCCAUCGCACGCAGUUCUUCCCCGGGCUGGGCUGGCUGCUCAGGAGCGGGGUGUGGGGGGAGCUGCGACCUGUGUGGCCAGAGGCGUUCUUCGACGACUGGCUCCGGGACCCCGCCAUCAUCAAAUCUCGCUCCUGCAUCCGGCCGGAGAUCUCCAGGACUUACUCCUUCGGGAAGGUGGGCGUGAGCAAGGGCCAGUACUUCGAGAACCACCUGCGGCACAUGCAGCUCAACACCCAGUUCGUGCACUUCACCAAGCUCAACCUCACUUAUUUACUUAAAGAAAACUACGACCGCAACCUGCGCAUGCUUCUCCCCACCCUGGUGGAGAUGACGGCCCCAGAGGUGAAGAACAGCUACUCUGUGGCGCCGGAGUCUGUGAUCAUCAUCUACGACAGUGUACCCGAGUACACUAGGGCGGCCAAGGCCCUGGGCCUUAUGGAUGAUUUGAGGGGCGGUAUACCCAGAACUGGCUACGAAGGCAUAGUGACAUGCUUCAUUAAAGGUCGCCGAGUGUACUUAGUGCCGAGGGAAACAUUGAGAACUAUAUAAACAGACUUGCAACUUAAUUAGGUUGAAUAGUGUACAGUUGACACAUUUUAUGUGACUUUUGUAUAGUGACAAAAAUAUUGGUGCCGUCGUAUGGCGCACAAGAUAAACUGUGAUAAGAGUGUAUAUCGCGCUCUCGAGGUGGGCGAUAAGACUAUGCCUAGCCGCGUGGAAUUCUAUCAGUGACAACCGAGCUGCGGGAAUAUCACUGAUAAUUUUGCACCCUGUCUAGCCGGUGGGCCGUGUACUACACG